AUGGGCUCUGAAGAUGAAGGCAUCCAAGAUGCGCAGGAGCACAGAACAGUAGUGGAUGAGCUGGUGACCUUGCGGCAGACGUGGGUUGUCCCUUUGUACUUCACAAUAAAGCUGUACUGGUGCGGGUUUCUAUCUAUGUGGGGAAUGUUCUCCAUUGUUAAGAGUUACAUCCUCUUCAGAGCUUCCCGGAAACCGCUCUCAGGGUGAACACCCAGAUUGGUCUACAAAUGGUCUCUUCGAAUCUACAAGAAAAGUUACGCGUUUGGUGUAGUGGGUUAUUUGGUCAUCAUGUUUACAACGUGUGGAAUGAAUGUAAUAUCAAGUAAGAUCAAAUCUAGAGCCUCCAUGGAUUUGGGAAUUGGAUCCUUGUUCUAUGGUCUUUACUAUGGAAUCAUGGGGCGAGACUUUGCUGAGGUCUGCUCAGACCGCAUGGCAUCUACUCUAGGGUUCUACAGUGUCAGCGGGAUCCCCACCAUGAACCUGUCAGGCGACAUCUGUGCAACUUGUGGGCAGAAGAUCUUUGUGGCACUUGACGAAGAAGGGCUCAUUGAAAACACUUACCAGUUGUCAUGUAGCCACAUCUUUUAUGAAUUCUGCAUCUGAGGCUGGUGUAUGGUCAGGGAGAAGCAGACUUGUCCUUAUUGCAAAGAGAAGGUAGAUCUGAAGAGGAUGAUCAGUAACCCCUGGGAUUACACGCACAUGCUGUAUGCAAAGCUCUUGGAUUGGAUCCGUUACUUAGUGGCCUGGCAGCCUGUGGUGAUUGGACUAGUUCAAGGCAUUAACUAUUUCCUGAAGCUGGAAUAG